UUUACUCCCGUGUAGUUCUUAUUUACCAGGCGCCUUCCCACAGGCUGCCGUCGUCGCUGUGUUGCUCGAUCGCGGUCGCACACGAGCACCGCUUUAGUGUCUUGCCAGCGUGGCCAGCACAUUUGUGUAUCCUUUUCUCAUCUUAUUUUACAUUUUAUCUCCUCUUUACUCUUCAAUUACCACUGCACCGCUGUCAGUCGGUUUUUAUUUCGUUUCUUAUUCCAAGCAAGGAUUCUUCACCGUAGAAAGUGUUUAGUUCCCGCGUAAACUCGUUUAUAAGACAGACAUCCAGUGAACCACUAUUCAGUCAAGGAUCUAAGACGUACACUAGAGAACAACAAUAAAGGCAAGCCGCAAUAAGAAAUAAAGUGUUAUAUAGGAAACUUGAGAUAUUUAUUUGGCGUACGAAUGGACUUGUGUCGUGUUGAGGAAUGCAGCAUUAGUGUGGACCGUCAGCCCCUCGAGGGUGGGUCUACGGUGUUGUAUAGUGUGGAAGAGGGAGUAGAGAAGAACGAUCGCGCUGAUGCGCUUGCUGGGCCAGUAAACAGUUCCGUUGGAUCUCGCUACACCGUAACACUAUCAUUUUAUUUCAUGGAAUUUACACUUACUUUUUGUUUUAUUUCGCUACUCAGCCAGUUAUAGUUUGACUAAGCACGUGAAAAGUUGAUGCAAACAAAGUUUGUGCAGUACUUGAAGCUGUUGUAUUGAUGGUAAUUCAACGAGUAUUUACAUUGGUAUGUGCUGUGGUAGCAUCUUACGCCAUUGCAAUCAACGCCGCGAGGGAAUAUCGAUAUCACGCGUGAUUUUGUGGCAAGCCAAUUAUGGUUUUCUCUGGUAUGUAUUUGAUCAAGAAGAAGAAGAAAAAAAGUUCAAUCAUUAGAGAAGAUCAGCAUCAUUAAAAAGUGUAUAUUUGUUUUAGAAAUGAACUAAUGUCAGAGCGGAGUGAUGUGUUAGAUUUACAAGGAAUUAUAUCAGGAAGCUUUGAAAGAGAUAGUGUGAGAAAGGUCGUGAAUGCCAGGAGAAGAUGAUCGCAAGGAAAGGGCGAGAAUCAACGUCGUAAUCGGUUGAGAGGGAGAGCGCAAGGGAGAAAGUCGUUUCGUCCGUGAACCCACGAACGUGUUUGGAUCCUUCCCCUGCUCGUUCUUUCCCUCCUUGUCUACAAGUCACCGUAACAGUGUCGUAAGAACAAAGUUCUUGUUUAUGCUCAACUGGGACUAAUUUCAUGUGUGUAACGAUUAGAUAAUUGGGAAAUACUUCUGCCUACAAUCAUUUUAUUUUGAAUUGAUUCAUCAUUAAAUGGAUAAUUAACAUCAAUUAUUCUUAUGAUUAUCCAAAUUGAAAAUUGGUUGAAACCCAGAAGACAUAAUGAGGAUCUAAGAGAUUGUUUUGCUGCUAUGGCACUGCAAGAUUGUUGAUGAUUAUCCCUUCGAUGAGUGUGUGGACCCUCCACGAGCUUACAACUGGCCACCCGCAUUAACCGCACGAUAUUCCACUGCAUCCCCACGAUAUUCUACGGGGAGAAAAACGAAUGCCAAGCAACGAAGACUGGAAGACCUCGAACCGGUACGAGCUGAGGAGAAGAGAAGUAGAAGAAGAAAGAGAAGGAGAUUCAAGUAUAUCAAGAGAGUAAAAGUCCCCAUCAUGCGAGAAAUACUAGGACUUGAUUUCAAGAGUUUUAGAACGUACAAAAAUACUUGAAGAGAAUUGCGUGGGCAUUGAAAUAUUGAGGGUCCAUGAGGUCAAUUUCGUUUGAGAAUUUAAGAAGGCUCGUGAGCCGUAAGAAGGAUCGUAACGAGCCAUCCUUCAAACGCAGCGAGUCCUUCAAAAGGAUUUCUAUUCGGAAAAGUUAUUUAGACCGUGGGAAAAGGCGCAAUAAAAUUCCAAAGCCAAGUGAAAGCAAUAAAAAUGAUAUUUCAACGAAAACUGAGUCGAAAGAUGUUAUUAUUCAGGAAACUAAAAUAUCUAAAUUGAUCAUCAAAGAUGAUACCACGGAGAAAAUCAAGAAAUCUGAAGGAACAAUUGGAUAUAAUGAAUGGUUAAACGACGUCAAUGGUUCACAAGAAAAAUUGAAAGAUGAUGUUGAGAUUUCAGUUCAACGAAAUUCAAAGCCAAAAAUUGUUAAACCACCAAGAAAGUCGAAAGGUAAUAAAACACCUGAUUCUAUUACGAAAGAGUUGGGUAUUUUAAAACUUGAGAGUUCUCCAGUAUUUUCAAGAUGCUCCAAAACCAAUUCUGUAGACUCAACAUGUGUUGAAAAGAUUCUAGAUUCUGCUGCUGAUGAUCCAGUGGUUCAUGAACAUUCAUUGUCUUUAUCUCCAGCUGAAGGUCCUCCAAGUGUUAGUGUGAGUCUUGGAAGAGUAUGGCUGGAUGCAAUUCCAGUUCCUUUUCCAUCUCAUGGACUUCAAUCACCUACUUCCGUUCAUCAUUCAUUGGAUAGUGCUUUAAAAGAACGAAAACAAUUGGGCCAAUCAAUCAAUCAAGUAUCGAGAACUGUAUCAGCUCCAGAAAAAAGUCGUGUAUCUCAAGAUUUUACCUCGUCUUUCAGCAGUGGAUUCUCAUUAUCAAUAUCAAAAGUACGUUCGCAAUCAAAGAAAAGUGGAUUCUUCAGGAAAAAAUUAGUAAAACCUUCACUUAGUGUAAGCACUGAUGGAUAUUUUAAACGAACAACUACACGGACAUCACGAAGAUCUAGUAUUCGUAAAAAAGUUGCAAGCAGUAAAAUAAUUGUCAAUAACUUUAAUAAACAUCCAGAAACAAGAUUUAAUGAUGUGUGGUUUGUUCCUCCUGAAAAAAGAAGUUGUAGAAGGAAACGUAGAGUGUGGCAAGAAAUUAGAUAUUUUUCUGUAGAAGAGAGUCCAUCAAGUUUAGAGACAAAAGGACGUGAUGAUUGGUCAUCUAAUGCAUCAGAUACUUUUGAUGAUCAUCAGUUGCUUUUAUCCGGUGACUUUAAUGAAAAACAAGAACUUAACUCGGUGCAAAGUUCACCCUCUUCAACAUUAACCUCUUCUCUUAUCUCCACAUCAUCUUCAAAAUCUUCAAGAGUUUCUGAGCAUCGACGUCCAAAGAUCAGUGACUUCAAUGAAGAUAAAAUAUUUUCUGAAGAAUUGAGAGGAAUUUUGGCACAACGGCCAGUCUGGAAACCUGCCAAAGAUGCUGUCUCGUCGAAUUUCUUUGCUAGCAAACAGUUUCUCAGCUUUUUAGCUAAAGAACCAGACUCUAUCAAGCAUCAAAAGAAUGUUACAUAUUCUGGUGGUUAUUAUCGUUGUCUUUCGUCCAGUGAGAGUGAUGGAGAUGAAAAAAUCAAUAAGAAAAGAGUAGAAAAAAAUGAAUACUUUCCAAGGCAUGAGGCUAGAAUUAGAGAUAAUGAUACUUUAAUUAAAGUUGAAAAGCCACGAGCUUCUAAACGACGACCAUUGAGACGUAAGUCUCAGUUGAAACGAUCAAAUGGCCAACCCGUGUAUCUUGUUCGCAAGUGUUCUUCAUUGAGAAAACGAUCGCGAGAUAUAACUCAGAAAGGGUAUGAAAAGAAACGGACUAGGCUUCUUCAGCAAUAUGCCACUAAACAAAUUGGAAGUGGAACUGGAUCCGGAGGUGGUACUGGUGAUAGCGGGGGUGAUAGGUCGAAUUAUGGUAGCGGUGGUGUUGGUGGACGUCCACAGCCACGCGCAAGACGAACCCAACGUCGUGUCACGCAUUCUGAAAAACGUUAUCACUCAGGAGGCCGGCUAGUACCUGGGGGCAUUGCCAGUCCUCCGGGAUCUGGCGGCUCAGCGGGGAACACUGGAACAAACUCGAAUUCCGCUGCUGUCAGACGCGGAAAUCGCAGACUCACCCGAAACGAGAGCCGCUAUCACUCUGAAGUACGACAAGAGGCUGUUCAACAAGCUCUGGCAGCAAUGCAAAGUAGACCAAAGCCGUCACUUCCGAUGCCAUCAAAAAGAACAUCUGUAAUGGCAAGAAGUCCAGAUCGUGAGCGACGAGAUAGUGGAGAGUCAAGCAGUGAUGAAGACAGCGUGGUAACAGAGGAAUCACCUGGAGCUGGUGGUCCUACAGGUACUGGAUUAUCAGACACGAGUAGUACAGGGUCAGCUCGUGAUACUCCGCCUCCACCACGACCGCCAGCGAGAAGACCACCUGCUGAUAUCACUGAUAUUGCCGAAUAUACUCCCCACGCAUAUUGUAAUAUUCAGCCUCCGGAUGUGACUCAUACUACGCAAUCAAGAAGACCCGGCGCUGACCGUGUCAACCGAUAUCACGUGGUUGAGGAAAACAACACAGGGACCACUGGACGUUGGAAAGUUUCAGCUAAAAUUCAACAGUUAUUGAAUACAUUAAAAAGACCUAAGCGAAGGCCUUUACCAGAAUUUUAUGAAGAUGAUGACAUUGAAUUAGAGAUAGCAGCUAAUCCAAAAGAUCCGAAUGCUCCAAAACCAGAAGGUGGUAUCAUGACGCCUGCUGUAGGUGAACAGUUGUCAGUGCCUUCAGGUUUACCAAGGUCAUUAGAAGCUGCCAUCCAAAGGUAUGGGUCUGCAACAUACAAAGCACCAGCAGCAACAGUUUUAGAUCCAAAUGGGAAGCUCUGUGUGACCCUCACGUAUGGAAAACUGCUGAGUAGAUCGCACAAAAUAGCCUACACACUAUUAAACAAAGCUCUGAGUCGCAACGUCGGUGAAUGCUGUCUCAAGCCUGGUGAUCGAAUCGCUCUCGUCUAUCCUAACAACGAUCCUAUUAGCUUCAUGUGUGCAUUCUAUGGUUGUCUUCAAGCUGGAAUCGUUCCGGUACCAAUCGAGGUACCGCUGACCCGGCGUGACGCUGGCUCUCAGCAAAUUGGCUUUCUCCUCGGCAGCUGCGGCAUACAGGUGGCACUGACCAGCGAGGCGUGCCUCAAAGGCUUACCAAAGACUGCCGCUGGAGAGGUCGUUGCCUUCAAGGGUUGGCCAAAGCUUCAUUGGUUUGUCACGGAACACUUGGGAAAGACCCCAAAAGAUUGGAUGCCACCACCAAGAUUAACCGACGAUACUCCAGCGUACAUAGAAUAUACUACCGACAAAGAUGGUUCGGUGAUGGGAGUUACUGUAACGAGGGCUGCUAUGAUUGCACAUUGUCGCGCACUGACGAUGGCUUGCGGCUAUACAGAGGGUGAAAAUGCUGUGUGUGUUCUAGACUUUAAACGAGAAGUUGGGCUAUGGCACAGCACUUUAACAAGUGUUCUCAAUGGGAUGCAUGUCAUUUUUAUUCCUUAUGCCUUGAUGAAAGUCAACCCUGCUAGUUGGAUGCAAAUGAUAACAAAACAUCGCGCCAGUGUGGCUGUCGUCAAGUCUAGAGAUCUCCAUUGGGGUCUUUUGGCAACUAAAGACCAUAAAGAUAUUUCUUUAUCAUCAAUCAGAUUACUUCUCGUAGCUGAUGGUGCUAACCCCUGGUCGUUAUCAUCUUGUGAUCAAUUCCUAUCAGUUUUUCAGUCAAAAGGCCUUCGACCUGAUGCAGUUUGUCCAUGUGCUUCCUCGAGUGAAGCUUUAACAGUAUCUAUUAGAAGACCAGGUCGUGCUGGUGUUAAUGCAACGGGUCGUGGCGUCCUUUCUAUGUCUGGAUUGAGUUAUGGUGUUGUUCGUGUUGACCAAGAAAAUUCUCUAACGUCGUUAACGCUCCAAGACUGUGGACAAGUUAUGCCAGGAAGUGUUGUAGUUGUAGUAAAAAUGGAAGGUCAACCCUUCAUUUGCAAAACUGACGAAGUUGGUGAAAUAUGCGUUCACAGCAAUUCCACUGCCAGUCAAUAUUGGGGACUACAGGGUUUGACGAAUAAUUGUUUUAAAGUAUUACCUCAACAGCCUGAAGGCACAGCAAUGGGAGAUGCUGAAUAUGUCCGUUCUGGAUUACUUGGAUUCCUCGGUCCAGGCGGCUUAAUAUUUGUCUGCGGCUCGCGCGAUGGCCUAAUGACUGUCACGGGAAGAAAGCACAAUGCUGACGACAUAAUUGCUACUGUUUUAGCAGUUGAGCCUAUGAAGUUCAUAUACCGAGGUAGAAUAGCUGUCUUUAGUGUACGAGUAUUACGAGAUGAAAGGAUAUGUGUUGUUGCUGAACAACGACCUGAUUGCAGUGAAGAAGAGAGUUUUCAAUGGAUGUCUCGAGUAUUACAAGCUGUGGAUUCUAUUCAUGCUGUUGGAAUUUACUGUCUCGCUUUGGUGCCUCCAAAUUAUUUACCUAAAACACCUUUAGGUGGUAUCCACUUAUCUGAAACAAAGAGAAGAUUCUUAGAGGGAACUUUACACCCAGCAAAUGUUCUACUUUGCCCUCACACAUGUGUCACCAACUUACCCAAACCACGUGAAGUUCAUUCUGAUGUUGGUCCAGCGAGUGUAAUGGUGGGCAACAUUGUCCAGGGUAAUCGGCUUGCUUCAGCUCAAGGACGAGAUUUAGGUGUCCUGGAUGAAGAUAGUGAUAAUGCCAAGAAGUAUCAAUUUAUUUCGGAAAUCCUUCGUUGGCGAGCAGUAAGCACAUCAGACCAUGUUAUUUUCACCUCGUUAAACUCGAAGGGAGCCAUAGCAACAUCCUUAUCAUGUUCUCAACUCCACAAAAAAGCUGAGCGGAUCGGAAAUUUAUUAUUAGACCGUGGAAGGAUCAACACAGGGGACCAUGUAGCUUUAAUAUUCCCACCAGGAACCGAUUUAAUUUGUGCUUUUUAUGGAUGUCUCUAUGUUGGAGCUGUACCAGUUACUAUACGACCACCUCAUCCCCAAAAUUUACAAACGACCUUGCCAACUGUACGAAUGAUUGUUGAUGUCAGUAAGUCUGUUCUCGUUCUUACCAAUCAAACGCUCCUAAAGUUGCUCAAGAGUAAGGAAGCCAACAAUGUAGUCGACAUGAAAAGCUGGCCAUUGGUCCUCGAUAUGGACGAUAUGCCAAAGAAGAAACUGCCAGUGAUGUAUCGUGCACCCACAGCCGAGAUGCUUGCUUAUCUGGAUUUCAGUGUUUCAACAACAGGCAUGUUGGCUGGAAUAAAAAUGUCUCAUGCUGCAGUUACAUCGCUUUGUCGAGCUAUGAAAUUAGCCUGUGAGCUGUACCCAUCAAGACACAUUGCCUUAUGUUUAGAUCCAUAUUCUGGACUGGGCUUUGCGCUCUGGUGUCUUAGCAGUAUUUAUAGCGGUCAUCAUUCUAUAUUGAUACCUCCAUCUGAGGUUGAAGCAAACCCUGCUCUCUGGUUGUCAGCAGUCAGUCAGUCGAGAGUGAGAGAUACUUUCUGCUCUUACGGAGUUAUGGAACUCUGUACAAAAGGACUUGGAUCUUCUGUCCAUGCUUUAAAAGCUCGUGGAGUUAGUUUAGCAUGCGUGAGAACUUGUGUUGUAGUUGCAGAAGAAAGGCCGCGAAUCGCUCUUACUACAAGUUUCAGUAAACUUUUCUCAGCUUUAGGACUAAGCCCACGAGCUGUGUCAACGUCAUUUGGAUGUCGCGUAAAUACUGCAAUUUGUUUGCAGGGUGCUUCGAGCCCAGAGCCAUCGACAGUUUAUGUAGAUUUACGAGCACUCCGGAACGAUCGAGUGUCGUUAGUAGAACGUGGGAGUCCUCACUCCUUAUGUCUAAUGGAAUCUGGAAAACUUUUACCAGGAGUGAAAGUUAUUAUCGCGAAUCCUGAGACCAAAGGUCAAUGUGGUGACUCCCAUCUUGGUGAAAUUUGGGUGCAGUCUGCUCAUAAUGCUAGCGGAUACUUCACAAUUUACGGUGAUGAAAGUGAUUAUGCUGAUCAUUUCAAUGCUCGACUUGUUACCGGAAAUACUGGAGAAGUGUACGCCAGAACAGGUUAUUUAGGAUUUUUAAGACGCACAGAGAGCGUGCAACAGUCGGGUGUGGGCGAUGUUCCCGGUGAUACAUCAACAGAAAUAGACAUUCCACCUGGUGAUGCGGAGUUACAUGACGCUGUAUUUGUUGUUGGUGCUCUGGAUGAAGCUAUUUUACUUAGAGGAAUGAGAUACCAUCCCAUUGACAUUGAGAACAGUGUAAUGCGGUGUCAUAAAAAAAUUGCUGAAUGUGCCGUUUUCACAUGGACAAAUUUACUUGUCGUUGUUGUUGAGCUGAACGGAAAUGAGAGCGAAGCAUUGGAUCUCGUUGCUCUAGUAACUAGUGCUGUUUUAGAAGAGCAUCAUUUAGUUGUUGGUGUCGUCGUAGUUGUCGAUCCUGGAGUGGUGCCAAUUAAUUCACGUGGUGAAAAACAACGGAUGCACCUACGCGAUGGAUUUUUAGCGGAUCAAUUAGACCCCAUAUAUGUAGCGUACAAUAUGUGAGCGAGCUUGAUAUUGAACCAGAAAAUCUGUAUUAAUGUAAUUUAUAUACUUUAUUUUAGGGCGAUAUGUUUUUAGUCACAGAUCAAUUAUCGUCACGAUAUAUAUUAUGACAGUCGUGCGAUUUAUUAUUUUUUUUUUUUUCAACUUUAUCGAAUAUGUUUGAAGGUUCAUUCAUUUAUUCCUUCAAUAAUACAUAAUUUACGUACUCGAAUAUGUGUUCAUCAUCGAGAAGAACACAUUUAUUAUUGCCGAGAUAAAAGCUCUCUCGAUUGGGAAAAAAACUCGAGACUAUGCAGGGCAACUAAAUGUAAUUUAUUUUAUCUUUCUUAAGCUCUAUUCACCAUUUAGAGCAGACUGAAAGAUCGACCGAUAAUGGACAAUUAUUUAUCUUCAAAUAAGUGACGAAUUUCAGCUAGAAAGAAUAUUAAUUGUUUCAUGAUUUAGUAUAUGCUAGGCGCAGAUAAUUUGCAGUUUUUUAAUCUCAUACGGUCGAUCUACUCGAAUACAUGUUAUUUUCACAUAUUACUCUCUUAUUCAUAAUCAUUGUAUGUUCAUUACAGUGAAAACAACAAUUACGUAAGAACUUGUGAUUGGCUGCGCAUAAACUUUUAUUAUUUAAUGUGACAGUUUUCUAAGUCGGCAUAUUAAAUUAAAAUUAAUUUGAAAAGAUAUUUGAUAAGAUGAUAAAAGUCAAUAAUCUAUUUAGUUACAAACAAUUUUUGUUCUCUAUUGGAAAAUUUUUAUUUAAAUAGACGCCAUUUGAUCACGAAAGAUGUACAAUUGUUAAUAGUUUUAUACUUUUUAUUAAUUGUUUUAGUUAAUCUCACGUGUCUUUCCGUUAGCACUGAUUGUGAGCCAAUAAGCUAUUAUAUUUUUUCAUUUAUUUUUUAGUGCAAUACCAAUAAACUAAAAUGCGAAAUCUUUUUUACACUAUGACGUUUGAUAUCAUUGUAAAUAAUUCCAACUUACUGACGGAAAACCAUUUUUUUCGACUUUUCCGCGAAGAGAAACAGGCCUGUGAAUAAUUAAACUUUGAAAGAAGUUGAUUAAAUAAGACAGCCAAAUUUUAAUAUUGUGCCAUGCCAAUUCAAGUCAAGGCAUCAGUUUUUAAUUUAUUGUAAUUCAGCAAUUUAAUUUACUUAAGCACGAUACAUUAUUUUAUAAAAUCAAAUUAUUGCAUAAAUUUACAAAUUAUUUUAUUCAAUAUUGGCUUAGUUAUCAUAAUUUGUUUAAUAAUUACAAUAAUUAAUUACAAUUUUCAUUAUGUAAAAAUAGUUGCAACGAAUUAAUUAAUUAAAACAGUUAAAAUGUUCUUGGGCCUAUAGCUCAGAAGAGCGAUUUUGUUUCAAUGAAGUUUAUUGUAAUACAAAGAGACAUUCAAGAAAUGUAACAACGUUAUUAGUUAUUGUAAAAGGAAAAUCGCACAAGUAGUCGAAAAAAUACGUUCGUCAUUAUUCUGUUCGCGGGGAAGAGUGUGUGCAUGUGUGGAAUGUGGUUUCUAUUAUAUGUAUAAAUGUCGAUACUAGUAGUUGGUAGGAAUGUGGAAUACUUGUCAUAUUAUUAAGCCCACAUUCAUUCUCUUCCCCUUUUCUUGAUACAUGAUAUGACAUAUAAACAUGAAAUAAAAUUAAUUUGCAGACGGCCCUCGGGUGUUAAUUUGAGAUAUAGACUUUUUUCUCCCCUGGCGGCCAUGCUCAUGUGUAUGUAUAUAAAUGAGACUCCCGUUUUUUAGAAAUAAUUAUAUACUUUGUACGUUGAUUAUACUUUAAUAUAAUUAGUAAUUAUCAAUGAUUGUCACUAGGACUUGGUCCUACUUAUGUCUGAUUAAUAUUAAUCGCGUAGGCUUCCCGAUUGUCUCAAUCAUCAUUCACAAUAAUUGUCCCCAUUGUAAUAUCCCGAUUUGAAGAUAGUGAGAAACAAAUUAUUAAGGCUGCCGUAGCAGUUUAAAUUGGUAGCAUUUUUUAAAUGACAAAAAAAAUAUCUUAACAAAAAAAUAAAUUUUUUUCUCUACAGUGCGUGUUAGUACUAAGCUAUUUAAGUAGAACACGCUCAUUAAAACUUAAUACAAUCAUAAUCUUUUUCUUUAAUAUUUAACAAGGAACAUUGCACAGAGCGAGUCAUCAAUAAACGUAAUGUACAUUUUUUAAAAAA